CGCGGUGCCAGCUCCAAUUUAGGGCAGUGAUUAGGGCUAAGAGAAGAUCGUUCGGGCAGAGUAAGAAGAAGACGAGAAAGAGAGAGAAAAAGAAAAUGGGGGAAGGAGGAGGAAUGAAUGCCGUGUGCGUGCGUGCGUGUGAAUGAAGGAGGUGUGGUGGUGUUCUUCCGGAGCUAGGAAUCGCGAGGAAGCCGCGACGCGCGGGAUGCAUUGACCGUGGCAGAUGGAUUCGUCCCCGCCGCCGCGAUUGGGAAAUAUUUCGAGAUCUUUCUUGUAGCUAGGCGGCGAGGAAGGCGCUGCGCCGCGGCCGCGCUGCUGCCAAUCAAUCAAUCAGGCUUGCGACGAUUGAUUCCUCGAUCCGGAGCUUGUGGACGGCGAGCGGCGAGAGAGAGAUUCUGGCCUCUAGGCGCUCCGGCCGUGGCAUUCAUCCAUCCCGUGGAAGAACUCCUCUCUUUCUUGUCAUUUCCUGGCCACGCCUUACAGUAAUCGCCACACAUGCGGUGUUCCCGAAGAAAUUCCACGCAUGCUGGUGACUUUUCUUCGUCGGCUCCUCGCCACUGGCUGCUUCUUCUCCGCAUCUUCUUCCAGUCCUUGGCAGUAGAAAGAAUUGGCAACGGCGCGCCUUGGAUUCGGGGCCCCGAGAUCUAGAGAUCUUUCCAAGAGAUCAAGCCACGGGAGCUCCAGAUCUACCCAGCGAGCAGCCGUGUUCUUCCUCUCUUUAUCGAUGGCAGGGACAGCGCCAUAUCUCCGCUGUUAUUCCAUUCGCUGUUCUUCCGUGGAGCUCUUCUGGGUAAAGCGCUUGGAAUUCUUCUCUUCGCCAUGCACAGGGGAUUGCGGCAUUUGUGUGUAGGAGACGCGAGAGGUGGAAGGCUUGGAUAUGGAAAUGGAGAUGGUCAGGAAGAUUAUCCUCGAGCAGGAGGCCCAGUUCCGCCAACAGGUCCAGGAGCUCCACAGGGUCUAUCGUGUCCAGAAGCUGCUGCUCCAAGACCUCCGGCCGCCUCGUGCGAUCGACAGCUCGAGGCUGGAAUUGGCAUCUGGCUACGAUGGCAGCGGCAAAAAGAGCGAUGCCAAGCCCCGGCGGAGGACUUUCGACUUGGAGCUGCCAGCCGAGGAGUACAUGGAUGUGGAGAUGGAGGAGCCCAGCAGCAACGCCGCCACCACCACCACUGCCAACAACAACAAUAACAGCAGCAGCGCCGCUUGUGAUUUGGUGUCAAGGCUGAGCGCUGCCGCGGCUGCCACUGCUGCCACUGCUGCUCCAGCUCCAGCCAUGAACAGUGUGAAGAAUCUGGAUUCGUCAGCGGCUGUUCAUGAGAAAGUGGGCUCGCAGCAGCAGAUCGGCUGGAACAGCGGCCGAGACGGAGAGAGUGAGAUCUUCCAGAUGAUAAAGCGUGCCAAGAGCUCGGGCUCGGAUGGAGGAGGUGGAGGUGGAGGUGGAGGAUUUAAGCAGCAGCAGCAGCAGGUUCUUCCGUGUGUGACCCAAGGGAUUCUGGGUGGGAUCUGGGGGUACGGCUUUGACAACACUGGAGGAGCUCAAGCAUUAAGGAAUGCUGCGGCGGCUGCUGUGGAGAAGAGCAGAGCUCCGCCCAAUGGAUUUCACCUCGCCGCAAGCGAUAAGGUAUCCAAGCCACAGCAGCAGCAGCAGCAGCAGCAGCAGCAGGAAGUUCUUUCCAUGAAUUCAAAGGCAGCGGAGAAUCAGCAUGUUGUGUUCUUGGAGCCGGGCCCCAACAACCGGUUCGCAGCCGAGAACGGGAAAGGACUGGGAGGAUCUUCAUCAUCGUCCUCCGGCAUCGAGAACUUGAACCCGUUCUUCGCGUCCGCGGCAGCAGCAGCAGCAGCAGCCAUGGAACGGGGUCCGUCUGCGGAGGACAAUGGAAAGUUUUUCGGUGCUUCGCUGGGUGGCCUGCAAAAUCACGUGAGCUACUCGAGCCAGGGAAUUCUGAUCCCGUCCACCAACAUGGCGAGAAGGGAGCCAGUGCCGCCACCGUCGUCGUCGUCGUCGUCGUCGUCGGCUUUCAUGGAGGCUUCUCCCCCCGGCGGCCUGGGACUGUGGUGGAAAUCAAACUCCAACUAUUACCACCAGCCGCAUCAGCCACAGUACCAGCAAGUGGCCGUGUUACAGGCGGGGACACCUGCGCAGUCUGUCCAAGUUGCGUGGCAAGGUGGCUCGGGCUUUGCGACCACGAGUCCGAGUCCGAGCUCGUAUCAGCAGCAACACCAUCACGCGGCGGUGCUCGGGGUGGUUCCUCCUCCUCCUCCUCCGGCUGCUCCUCCUCCGGCGAACUAUGCGAGCAACAACAACAAAGAGGAGAGUGGUGGGGGGAGUGGCUGCUGGUUGAAAGGGGCGAGCAGUAAUGCGAGCACUGCUCCCUCGCCGGGUUUUCUUUACUCGGCUUCAACGCCUCCGAAACCGCCGUUUAAGAAACCUCCCAAGCUCAUACUCGAUGGAGCGACCAUGGAGCUUAAGCUGGCUCCGCUGGACAGAGACGGACCACCGGUUGUGGGCUUGUUGCGUCAACACGGUGACGAGACAGCAGCGGCAGCUUUAGUGGUAGCAACAGAUCAGCGGAAGAGAGGGGACAGUACGGAGAGCCCAGUGAAUGGGAGCGAGGUUGCAAAGCUCGAGGCUGGCGAGCACAAGGACGAGAGCAAGCCGAAAGGCUUGGAUCUGAAUCCUCCGGGGGGAUUGGGCUUGAGCUCGAGCGACAAGCCCAAUUCCGGUCUGCUGGACGUGGUCAAGCCGAUCAAGCAGGAUGCGCAAGCAGUGGAGAGGGAUGAAGUGUUGCAAGAGAGAAGAGGUGGCUCCAGGGACGAGGCUGAUUUGGGAAGGUGUGAGGAGGCUCCAAGCUGUAGUUGCUCGCAGCCAGGAUGUCCGAUUUGUGACACCGGUAGCGUGGAGGAUGUACAGGUGAAGCAGCGGUCCGGGAAGAUCGAGAAGGUUGCGGUUAGAAGCUCUUCAGAGCAGCAGCAGCAGCAGCAGCACAAGGCCAGGGAAGAAGUUCGAGACAGUGCUGAGCCGCCGGCGGCGCCACCUACGAGCAGCAAGAAGCGGCGAUUCAAGCUGGUGAGUUCCAAAGACUUGUUGGCAACAAGGGAAUCUGACAACGCUACUACUAACGGGAAGAAGCGGCCGGAAGCCAUUGCCGAGGAGCUAGAUUCGCGGACAGGGGAGCUGUCCAGGGAUGGGGAGGGCGAGAAGAAGAAGAGGAAGCAUCUGGUGAAUCCCAAGAGCUUGAAAUCGUCGUCGUCUUCCAAGUCUCACUCGAACCACCAGGGUGUCAAGGAGAAGGAGAGCUCCACGCUGAAAGCUUCGCCGUCCGGGAGCCGUCACAAGGAGAAGGAUAAGGACAAGGACAAGGCGGGGAGCAAUGGCUACUCGUUCCUUGCGGACAAUCCGGACGACGGUGCCAACUUGGCGGCGGAGAUCCUCGUCAGCCUGGCUCCCGCGAAGCGAGAUCACGUCCAGCCGGAGAAGAACGGCGACAGUGGAGUGCUCCGCCUGCAUCACAAAUCCAAGAGGCGGCUCAUCGAAACGCUGCCUACAGGUGUGGCAAACCAUGCCGCUCCUCCGGCCGCCGCCGCCGCCCCUCCAAAGCCAUCGCCAGCGGUAGCGGAGCCUGUGAAGGACGAGAGCAAGAAGAAGAAGAAGAAGAAGAAGAGCAAGAACAGCAAGACGAUAGUAGCCAAGUUCCAGGAGAGUGUGGUUGCUGCGGAGGAUCCACCGAAGGCCUCGUUCAAAUCCGUCAAGGUGGCCCUGACACAAUGCGAAGGUGGUGGCGGUGGUGGCGGGGGUGGAAAUGGUGGAGCGGCGGCCGAAGCUCCAAAGUCCUCGUCCAAGAUCAAGAAGAAACUGGUAACCAAGAAGCAGCAGCAGCAGCAGCAGCAAAACGAUCACCAACAACACCAACAUCACACUCCAUCAUCCAGGAGCUCCAAAUCAUCAGCCGGAGCAGCCAGAGAUCUCUCCUCCACCACCAACAUCACCAAGGCCGUGAAUUCGUCCUCGAAGCCACGGGAUCACCGAGAUGGAGGAGGCCACGCUCAUCCUCAUCACGAGACCAAAAGGAUCUCCUCCGCGUCCUCGAACUACGGCAGCAACAAUUCGACGUCCGAGCAGGAGUCCCUGGAUCGACUGAGCCAGCAGCAGCAGCACCAAAACUCUGGCGAGAAUUCGUCCGAGGAGAUCAUGGGGAAGGAGAGCGACGAAUUUGAGGAGGAGUGGUCGAGACGAAGCUGGGGUCCGGCGGCACGAAGAAAGAGGAUGAGGAGAAGCAGGCCCGGCUUGUGAUGAUCCUCGUCCUCGAGACAAGAGAGAGAAGAAAAAAAAUUCACGAAGAGCCAAUGGUUGUAAAAAGUAAAUUUUCCCUUCUUUUUGUCCUUGCUCAUUUUUACUACUAUUAAUUCUUUUGUUUG